ACACUGAAAGACGCGUUUGUGAGCUCGGCGGCCGCGUGGACUCCUACUGAAUCACGGCAGGACUACAUCGUUUUGAAUAACAGGAAGAAGAAAAAAAAGAAGGGAAAAAUGUAAACGUGUUGACUAGUAUCGUCGUGGACGUCAAGCUUCGGGCGUUUUUUCUCUUUCUUUGCGGAACUUUUCGCCGCUGGAAAAAAACACAUAAGGAUGAAACCCACACAAUAGUGUCGGCAAACCUGCAGGUGUCUCAGUUCCCACACACUGGAUCUCACGGCAGCCCACGACAAGGAUGAAGAUACAGGGACAGCCUGAGGGCGCAAGGAGGCGCCUGGAUUUAAAUGCACUCGGGGAGCUCAGGGGUGUGGAGAUCAUCCGCGGCCGUGCGGGAUAUGGCUUUACUAUUGCGGGACAGAGGCCGUGUGUGCUGAGUGGCAUCCUGGAGGGAAGUCCCGCCGACGUGGUGGGACUCAAACAAGGGGAUCGCAUCAUGGCAAUCAACGGAACUGACGUGUCCGCAGAUUUGCACGAGACUGUCGUGCAGUUGAUUGGCAGCUGCAAAGAACCCUUGCGGUUGGUGGUGCACGCCGACAGCCGGACAAUGGGGAACCCCAUCCUUAAUGAUGCCAAAUUUGGGAAUGGCCAUAAGAGUGCAUUUUUCCCAAAGGCAGGUGUUCUUCGCACAAUCUCUGACGAUUCAAACAAUUCCUCCUUUAACUCGGGUCACGGUGUCGCCAGCAAACAGAGGCCGGUUUCAGAGCCGGACAUGUCGCAGUGGUCACAACAGUGGAGUGUGUUAGCUGAGAAACCAAAGGAGCAAAUGUCCAGAGUGGGGUACACAGACUCUGUUUUCACAGACCCAGACUGGAGUAAUUUAAACAUGACCUUGGUGGUCGGCUACCUGAGCUCUACGGAGCUGAUUUUGAACACUACAGAGCCAGAGGAGAACUGCUUAAAAGCCAUUAGGGAGCGAAUACGGCAGCUGGGAACAGAGCAGGAUACCCAUACAUUGGUGAUGAUGAAAAUUAUGUUUGACUGCAUCCGCCUUUGUGACGAUGCAGGCGCCGUUUUGGCAGCCUUCCCUGCUGAGAACCUUGUCUUGGGGGCAGUUUGUGCUGAGGACCCACGCUUCCUUUGCCUGGUCACUACAGCACAUGUAAUUGAUGGCCAUGUACCAGAGGACGGUCCUCUCCGGGCCUCCUGCCAUGUGUUCUUUAUCGACCCGGCCCUCGGUAACCACGAGGACCACAAAGGGAUUGCUGGCCGCUUUGGUUUUGACUGCACUCUAGAUCCAGAUGCCUUGGGCUGCCUGGAAUUUCCUCAGACUCCCCCAGACGUCCUUCACUUCGUCACAGUCCUGUACAGUGACAUGGGGGAGGCCGUGGAGAGGCUCAGAGCAAAACUGGACACGGAGGCUCAGCAGCACGCCAAGGAGGAGGGCAGCACAGGCAAACAGGGCAGCGCCAGCAGCACUGGGGACAGUGGCAUUGGAAAUGCCUCCCCCCCUGAGGAGAGAGCAGAUAGGGAUUUCCCUUCUGCAAUCCGAGCCCACCCUGGGGCCCACCUCCCCAGCUGUCCGUGGGAUUAUCCUCCGACUGAAGACCUUACCUCAAUAAACCUCUCCGAGAAUGUCCAAAAACUUAAUCCAGAGAACAGUGCCAGCACAAAUUCCCUUUCAGAAUCACUUCCCGGUCCCGAUUCCCUAACCAGCUUCUAUGGAGGUCCCCCACCCAGGCUUGAGUUCCAGUUUAAGCCCCCACCGCCCCCCCUGCCCCUGGGUAAAAAGACUAACUUCUUCGGAGAGUCUUUCAGAGGUAGCCAAAGGUGGUUCUCAAAGCCAAAGUGGCCGAAGGCCCCAGACGGAGAUCCGGAGCCUCCGAUGAUGACACUCACCAACAACUGUUCUUCGUGUGUUAACCUCAGCUCGGGCGAAAAUAACCUGCCUCCCCCGAUGCACCAGAUUCCCUCAGACAGGUACCAGUCGGCCGAGGUCGUGAUGCUCCCUCCCAGAGAGGAAUGGACCAAAAGGUUUCUUGAGCAGAGAGAGAAACCUCGGAAGGAUGGUGGUACCAAACACGGUUCCAGGUUUUGGGGUAUGGCUGCUGCUCGUGCCUCAAAGCGCCGCUCUGCCAAACCUCUUAGCCUGGCACGAUCACUGGAUGACCUUGAGUCUGCUGCUUCUUCAGAUGGCGACUACAGCGGAGUCCAGUUGCAGGGAUGCUGCAGCCAAAGCAGCCUGAAUAGCAAUGGCAGUCUUCCAGGAGCGGGCAGCCACCGAGGGGUUCCAGAGCAGCGCGUGGCCAGCUGGGCUGCCUGCUUCGAGCGUCUCCUCCAGGAUCCGGUGGGCGUGCGCUACUUCUCGGAAUUUCUCAAGAAAGAAUUCAGUGAGGAGAAUAUCUUGUUCUGGCAGGCCUGCGAAUACUUCAGUCAUGUCCCUGCAGCUGAUAAGAAGCAGCUGUCCCAGAGAGCGGGAGAGAUCUACAACAGCUUCCUUUCCAGCAAGGCCACCAUGCCGGUCAACAUUGACAGCCAAGCCCAGUUGGCCGAUGACGUCCUCACCUCCCCGCGGCCCGACAUGUUCAAGACCCAGCAGCUACAGAUCUUCAACCUUAUGAAGUUCGACAGCUAUUCGCGGUUCCUCAAGUCCUCCCUUUACAAGGAGUGUAUGCGUGCUGAGGUGGAUGGUCAGCCCCUGCCGGACCCUUACCAGAUCCCAUGCAGUCCCGCACCGUCCAAACACAGCGCCAGCUCUGACCGCUCCGCCCUCUCCACUCCGAAAAAGGAGGUCAGGAAGCAGAGGUCGGGUAGGUCACUGAACGAAGAAGGCAGAGAUGAAAGCGCUGACAAGAAACGCGGCAUCUUCUUCUCAUGGUCCCGCAACAGGAGCUUCGGAAAGGGUCCAAAGAAGAAGGACAUUGGAGACAUUAAUCUCGACUACUGGGGCAGUAACGGGCGGAGAGAGUCCCAGGGCUCCUUGUCGUCCGGUACCAGUCUGGAGAUGGCCACUUCCUGCUCUGCCGGCAAGAUUGAGUCUGAUAAUCGCCACUCAGUCUGGGAACGCUCCCCCAAACUUUGCAGCGUGAUUCUGCCCAACGGUUCCUGCUCCUCUAUCAGCCUUCGGCAUGGCGCCUCCAUUCGGGAAGUCCUCCAAGAUCUCUGCCACAGCAUCAGCGUCAACAUCGCAGCCGUCGACCUCUUCCUGGUGGGAGGGGAAAAGCCUUUGGUGUUGGACCAAGACUGUGUGACCCUCAGCUCACGAGACCUGAGGCUGGAGAAGCGGACCUUGUUCAGGUUGGACCUGGUACCCAUUAACCGCUCCGUGGGCCUGAAAGCCAAACCCACCAAACCAGUCACUGAGGUCCUGCGUCCCGUGGUGGCUAAAUAUGGCCUCCACCUCAGCGAGCUUGUGGCCAAAAUAAGCGGAGAAACUGAGCCUUUGGAUCUGGGUGCCCCCAUAUCCAGUUUGGACGGCCUGCGGGUCGUGUUGGAGCGAAUCGACCCAGUGGCAGGGAAAGACAAAUCCAAGUCCUCCUCUCUGAAAGGCCACCCUCCUCCUCGGAGUUUUUCUGCAACAGGAGAUGAGAGGUCAGCACCAAAGGACUUUUCUGUGAGAGCAAGUGGACCAGACUCAGCACUCCCAGGGGAAAAGAGAAAACAGAAAAAGAUUAAUAUAGAUGAAGCUGAAGAAUUCUUUGAGCUGCUGAGCCGGGCACAGAGCGCCCGAGCCAACGACCAGCGCGGACUCCUGCGCAAAGAGGACCUGGUGCUUCCUGACUUCCUGCGUCUGAGCCCGCCUGCCUCCUCCUGCUCCCUCUCCUCUGACUUGGCCUGCUCCACUCCUGACUCACUAAGGCCGGGUAGAGAAAACAGCGUCUCUUCGCGGGGGGCCCUCACCUCCAGUCUCCGUUCGGAGAGCCUCGACUCCUCGCUCAGCACCAGUGCCAACGGACACUCCGGAACCAGGCGGUGCCUGCUGCCCCCUCCCCGCCACCCUACUUUCGGCACCCACCUGUCCCCCAUCCCCCGGCCCUCAGACACCCGGCCAAGCCUCCGCACCGUGGAGGAGGACUCCCAUGCUGACCUGACACUCGUGGGUGAGGGCCACAUUAGCAGCCCCAACAGCACAUUGCUUCCCCAGUCACCAUCCCCAAUGCCAUCCUUCGACAGCAGCCUGCCCGCAGCCAACUUCACCCCGCCACCACCCUGCUCCCAGUCUCAAGAUGCAGGUGGAGAGGGAAAGUCCACUUCAGAGGGACGAACGGAGACGACUCCCAACAACAAAUCGCAGACGGUGCCGGAGGUGAUGGACGUGGAGGGCGUGCAUCUAGAGGAGGGGACGCCGGAGACGCCCCGUGGAGAGGACUCCGAACUCAGCCUGAGCUUCCAGGGCUAUGUCGCCGAGCUGCGGCAGUGCCAGAGCAAGAUGCGGACGGCCCAGGUGCCCCAGGGCGGCCGCAAUCCACCCGAGUGCAACGACUGCAAGACAGAACUUUACAAGGCCACAAUUGUCUAAAAGGGAACCCCCCACUGCUGCACUUUUUAAGCCUGAGGCACUGUCUUUUGAAAGAGAACCAGUCAAACGGAUGGGCUGCACGUAUGGAAAGAUGUACAUUGCCACUCCAAAAAUAUCAACAUUGUAGUGAUAGAUAUUGUAUAUUUCUUACGAAUCCUGGCGUCUUCUUCGUUGAUAUUUAGUACUGGUUGUAAUUUUGGUUGUAAUUUUGGGAAAGUGAUAUGUUUUUGUUCUGCUAUAGUUCGAUAAUUAAGCACAAAGCAAUUCGAUCAUGAGCCAUGUUGGACCAAGGACAGCCAUGGAAGAAGCCUGCAAGCCACUUUUGGGUAUCAUUUUCUAAUAAGGCAUGCCUUACCAAUUGUUUAUAAGUUGUAAUUACCGUUUUUUUGUUUUUUUUCUAAGCCAUUGCUCAGCCAGAAAGGAUUUAAAUUUGUCAUAAUUUAUAGACACUUAACAUGAUUUUACAAAAUGAUCUUGACUCCCACUGCAGCUUUUUUAUACUAGUCCUAUCCUGAGGGAGAUUAGUCUCCUUCCGACGAAUUCCUCAUCUUUUGAGCACUAUUAAAUUUUUCAUGGAUCAAACUAUUUAUUACAAUUUAUAAACAAAUGUGAAAAAAAGUCUUCCGACAGCCGUCUGCUGAGGAAGACUGCAAGAUCCAGCAAAAGCUAGAAAAUGCUGUUGUUAUUUCUGAAGCAUUACUAGAUGAGUUAUAAUUAAUUCAGAUAUUAAUUGCAAUUUGUCUUCAUACUGGCCAAUCUCUAAGAUGACAAAUGACCUUUGACUGUUGGCUUUAUAAAGUGUGCCCUGUUAGAAAGUGGUAACCGCUGAUGUUUGGCAGAAAUCUGUUCAUUAGGAUCAAAAGGGAGACAAAUCACAAUUUACUUGGAUAUUUAAACUAUUUCCUGUUUAUAUCUUCUUCCUAUGUUUUACAGAUAAUACACGGCAGUACCUUUAUUGUCUGUACUUUUAUUCUUCUGUGUUUUUGAGGUUGUCCAAAUUGUUGAAUGAUUAAAAAAGCUUUGAAGGCUGUAACUCCAA